UCCACGCGGAUUUCGAAACGCGAAUCCCAUUCCAUCCCUCUCGGAUCGCCCCUCAUUACUCUCGCUCAUCAACCUUGGCUCGGGGUUUCGAAAGUUUUCGUCUUACACCCGGUUUGCGUACGUUUUGAUCAGGGAUGAUGACGGCUGCGGCGACGAGAGCCCGAAGGCAGCCGCGGCGCCCGUUCGCGCCCGUAGUGGUGUCGCCGCCGUCGCAGGCGGAGAAUCGGCUAGUGCACGAGGACGCGCCGUCAUCGGUCGCGCGGCCGGUGCGGAGGUUUGGGACGUGCGCCGGGAAGAUCGCCGGGCCCGCGGUCAACAUGAAGUGCAGCUAUGGAUCGUCCCCGGUUUGCACCUCUUCCAAGAAGACUCCCGCGGCGGUGAAGAGGGCGCCGGGGACGGCGACCAGGAGGCUGGAUUCUUGCGCUAUGAACAAGAAGCGCUCGACCCCGGCGGCGUACGACGCGCCGCGCGAACCGGCGUCGCGCGCCGCCGAGGAGCGCGACGACAUGUUGCCCUGCCCCUGCAGCGAGGCGGGCCGAGAACGGCGGGGCAGCGAGGCCUCCGCCUCGCGGAAGCGGGGGAUGACGAGGGUCGUGGCGAUGGAGGAGGCCAUGGCGGGGAUCCCGGAGCCUGGCGAGGGCCGCGUCAAGUACCUGGUGGACACGUUCGAGCGGCUCCUCUCGCUAGGCGGCGGGCCCACGGUGUGGGACAGAGGAGCGGCGGCGGCGAGGAGGAGGAGGAAGAACCAGGGAACCGCGGCAGCGACGGCGUCGUCGCCAGCAACGCCACAGGGCGCCGAGGAGAUCGACGUGUCGCACCCCUCCAUUGCCUCGUCGUCCGAGGUCUCCUUCCCGGCCAUCGCUGGUGUCGCCUGCAUCCUCGACGCCUCCGACCGCACAAGCAUGAUCAGCCGUGCACGAGGCCAACGGCGGAAGAGGGCAUACAACAGCACCGGACCGCCGUCGGAUAGGGCCUGGAGUUGCAGCAGGAAGGUGACAAGGGUGACGACACAGCUGCCGUUCCGUCUCAGGACCGAGCAAAGAGGGAAAGCCAAGGAAGGAAAUUUUUUCGAGAGGUUGAGGAAGAUGCAGGUAGAGGAGGAGAGGCUGCGCAAUCCACUCGCGCAAGGUUUACCCUACACCACUGAAGAGCCAGAGAUCCCCGCGAAACCUCCAACAAGGGAACCCACGGAACCGAUCGAUCGUGUGCUGCACAGCGAAGCGCGUGUGGUCAGACGCGUCAAGUUCGACAGCCAAGUCGCUGAGCGCAGUAGCUUCAUGGAGGAAGUAAAGCUGGAGAGGGAAAGACAGCAAAAGGCGGAUGAGGAGGUUGAGAUCAAGCAGAUGAGGAAGCAGCAGGUUCCAAGAGCACAUCCGAUGCCGGACUUCUCCAAACCCUUCGUGCCAAAAAGGUCAGUGAAGCUUCCUACAGUUCCCAGGGAGCCAAGGUUUCAGCCCAGGUUGCCUUGGUAGCUGAUAGCAAGUAGAAACUAUCUGUAUAUUUAUUUUCUGAUGAGAGAGAGAGAGAGAAUACAGAAUACCAUGCAUCAUCAAAACAUCUAUUUAUUUUAGUAGCGGCUGUAGCGCCCACUUGCCGCUUCAAAUAAAAAAAUGUUUCCUGGUCCAUUUUUCAGAAUUUACAUGCUUCUUGCAAUCU